GAUUGUCAUGCAAAGGACCCGCCGCCUCGUCCCUUGUUUCCCCGUGCGCCGCCAACUAUAUCACCCGUCCGCCCCGUCGGUGCGCCUCCAGAGCGCAACGAGGCACCUGCAGCCGCCGCUGCCGUCCAAGCCGAGGGGGCCCCCUCUUUCUCCCUCUCCCUCUCUCUUUCUCUCACCCCGGGCCUGCCGGCCACCCUGCAGAUCUCCAGAUCCCGGGCCCGGCUCCCCAUGUACAAGAUGGAUUACUCCUACCUGAACUCGUACGACUCUUGCAUGGCGGCCAUGGAGGCGUCGGCGUACGCGGACUUCAACUCCUGCAGCCAAGCCAACACCUUCCAGUACAACCCCAUCCGCAGCAGCUUCGCCGCCAGCCCGGCCUGCCCGCCGCUCAGCACCGCCAACUGCACCCUGGGCGCCCUCCGAGACCACCAGCCCUCGCCCUACGCCACAGUUCCCUACAAGUUCUUCUCGGACCCUUCCACCAUCAACGAGAAGCGGAAGCAGCGCAGGAUUCGCACCACGUUCACCAGCUCGCAGCUGAAGGAGCUGGAGAGAGUCUUCGCGGAGACCCACUACCCUGACAUCUACACCAGGGAAGAGCUGGCCCUCAAAAUAGACCUCACAGAAGCCAGGGUGCAGGUCUGGUUCCAGAACCGCCGUGCCAAAUUUCGCAAGCAGGAGCGGGCGGCCAACGCCAAGGGCCAGAAUGGCAGCAACGGCGGGCCCUCGGCCAGCAAGAAGCCGGACCCCCGCUCCUCUUCGGAGGACGACGAGUCCAAGGAGUCCAACUGCAGCCCCACCCCGGACAGCACCGCCUCCCUGCCCAUUGCGGGCAGCCUGAACAGUCCCGGCAGCAGCCUGAGCCCCAGCCCGGGCACGGGGCAGCAGGGGCUGGGGCCUGGCCACGCCAGCCAAGCCCUCAAGGCGCCCCUGUGGGCCGGGGUCAGCACCAGCAACGGGCCCACCAACACGGCCGACCUCCUGAAGGCCUGGCAGCCGGCCGAAACCAUGUCGGGCCCCUUCUCCGGGGUCCUGUCCUCCUUCCACCGCAAGCCCAACCCUCUCAAGGCCAAUCUUUUCUAACCACCUCGGACUGAGCGCCACCAGCCUCCUCCGCUGGGUGCCCCACGAAUAGCUUCCCCUCCACCCUCCUCCGCUCCUCCUGUAGCUGCUAGUUUUCCUCCUGCGGGGUGGGGCCCGGCUCAACCUUAAGGGAACAACAGCCAUCAUCUCGCCGUGUCCGGGCAACCACGAAUUCGUCUCGCUGGGCUGGACGGAGUCCUCUUCUCCCAGGCUGCGAAUGGCAGGUCUCGCCAGUCACCCGGCCUGCUCAAGGCAUCGCCCGUUUCCCAACUCUGUAUGGAAAAACAAAGUCCUGCUUGCAUCAGGUAUUGGGAACAUCUGCGCAGGCCCUCCAGAUGUUGCUGUACUACAAAUCCCAUCAUCCUAGCUGCUGGAAGUUGCAGUCCAGCAAGCAUCGGUCUGAAGGGACACAGCUGCUCCCAGCCCUGGUCUCCAACCUUGGCUGGUUUCUGUGUGAGAGAUUUUGUCCUCAAGAGAGGAGGAUUUGUUUCCUUUUCCUGAUGUCAAGUGAUUCUGAGCGAGGAGUCCCUCCUGACCCCAGCUUCUUUCACGAAGGGUCUCGCCAGCCAGCGGCCACCGAUGACGAUGUGGAAUCUAAGAGCAUAAGGGCUUUGUUACAGUGGUUUUCCCCAUGCUUCACCGUCUCCGCAGAAAAUCAAGUUUGGCCAAGUGGAAAUCAGUGAGCAAAGGAGGGAAUAAGCAGAAAGGAACCCCAUUUAUGUUAUUUCCAGAGGGGAUCAGGUAAGCAGCAAGUGAUGGGGGAGGCGAGCUCUGCUUCCUUUUCAUGAACUCACCAGGAAUUUUGGGCUGGAGUCGAGAGACUGUGUAGAAAUGCAGGGAACACUGGACCACCCCACACAAGCUGGAGGGCUG